AAUCACUCAAACAUAAACGACAUGACGUCAUAGAAUCAAACAAUGUCAAUCUAAAAUCAAAACAAGGACAGCUUUGAAAGGAAGAUAGAAAGCAAAUGCCAAAAUAAAAAAAAAAACCACCAUCGCCAGAACCAGAAAGCACCAGCAAUAUCCCUCCAAAAAUCCCAUUAAUUCUUCUUCCUGAACUUGAUUCCACGUGGUGGCAUGUCUUUUCUUGUGUCAUUUGUCCAUAAUAGACAUGAAUCGGUUAUCUACCAUCACAGGAAUACUGCCUUGUAUGUGCUCUUGUAAGCUCAACAGAGAUGCCCACCUUGUGGGUUUCGGGUUUGGAGUUGAGUUGCAGAGAAAGCAGCGGUUGAAGAGGAAGUUUAAGUUUGCUGUGAGUGCGGACUUGUCAAGGGCUUUCUCUCCGAGAUUGGGUUUGGACUCUCAGAAUGUUGUCCAGUCUUAUGAUCUAUCACAGUUUCCUUGGAUUGGUCCAAUUCCUGGGGAUGUUGCUGAAAUUGAGGCAUAUUGUAGAAUAUUUAGAACAGCUGAACGACUUCAUGCUGCGUUGAUGGACACAUUAUGCAAUCCUGUGACCGGGGAAUGUGGUGUUUCAUAUGAUUAUGAGGAAAAACCGUUAUUGGAAGAUAAAAUAGUGUCCGUGCUUGGUUGCAUGCUAUCACUUUUAAAUAAAGGAAAAGGUGAUGUUCUUUCAGGAAGAUCUUCCAUCAAGAAUUCCUUUCAUGCCACAGAUGUAAGCAUGAUGGAGGAUAAGCUUCCUCCACUUGCCAUUUUUAGGAGUGAGAUGAAGAGGUGUUGUGAGAGUUUGCAUGUUGCUCUUGAAAACUAUUUUACACCUGAUGAUAAUCGAAGCUUGGAUGUAUGGAGGAAACUGCAGAGGCUGAAGAAUGUCUGCUAUGAUUCUGGCUUCCCCCGUUAUGAUGAUUACCCUUGUCAUACGCUGUUCGCAAAUUGGAGUCCUACUUAUUUAUGCACUUCUAAAGAAGACAUGACAUCCGUGAAUUCUGAAGUAGCAUUUUACAGUGGUGGUCAGGUAACAGAGGAAGGUUUGAAUUGGUUAAUUGAGAAGGGAUUCAAGACCAUUGUAGACCUCAGAGCAGAAACUAUAAAAGAUAACUUUUAUCAAGCAGCUGUAGAUGCUGCUGUGUUGUCUGGAAAAUUUGAAUUGAUUAGAAUUCCUGUUGAAGUUAGGACAGCUCCUUCAGUGGAGCAGGUUGAGAAGUUUGCAUCUUUAGUUUCAGAUUACAGCAAAAGGCCCAUCUAUCUUCAUAGUAAGGAAGGGGUAUGGAGGACUUCUGCAAUGAUCUCCAGAUGGAGGCAGUACAUGAUGCGCAGUGCAUCUCUGUUCAGUACUCCCAGUGAUAUGGUACAACAAGAUACCAAUGAAACCAGAGAAUUGCAGGCACCUUCUAUUAUAGAAGAGACGUCCCUCCUGGAACAGAAAAAUGGAUCACUGAAAGAGGCUUUGGAUAAACUUCAUGGUUUAAAUGGAGUGUCAAAUGAAUUUGCGUCUCCACUUAAUGAUGAAAUGGGCCAAAGCCUUAAUGGGGCCUACAAUGGUCUUGUUUCUGUUCAGGAUACAACAUCUAUAGAAACACUUGUUAAUGAGGGAAAAUUUUCAGAAAACGUCUGCGGGGAAACUGACCCUCUCAAGGCUCAAAUUCCUCCUUUUAAUAUCUUCUCCAAAGCAGAGAUGUCCAGCUUUUUUAGGACUAAGAGAAUUUCACCUCCCAUUUAUUCAAGUUAUCAGUUUUGCAAGUUCAACAAGUCGCCUGUUUCAACAGAAACACAUUUUAGGAAGGUGCAAACAAGUGAGAUUGUGGGUGUUGAUCCCAUGUCAGGGCUUGAGGGGGCAAAAAGAUCCAGUGGAUCAGCUAGUAGUGAAAAUCUAUCUCCAGAACUUGAGAACUCUUCUAUUGAAGGUCAGAAUCAUCUGAAAAGCAGUAGUUUGAUAUCUAUUGGUUCAAAUUUGCAUGCAUUCAGUGAAGGGGAAAGGUAUUCCGUUCCCGAAAUUAAUGUUGGUACGAUUGUGAAGGACAGCUUAAAUGAGCAUGUUACAUCUAAAUCUGUUGAUGGUCAGGCAUUAGGCUUCAGUGAUGAUGAGUUGGGCUCAAUUGAAGGAGACAUGUGUGCUUCUGCAACUGGGGUUGUAAGAGUGCAGUCAAGAAGGAAAUCAGAAAUGUUUUUAGUAAGAACUGAUGGUUUUUCUUGUACCAGAGAAAAGGUUACUAAAUCUUCCUUGGCCUUCACUCAUCCAAGUACCCAGCAACAGAUGCUUAUGUGGAAAUCAACACCAAAGACUGUAUUGCUGUUGAAGAAGCUGGGGAAGGAACUCAUGGAAGAAGCUAAAGAGGUUGCCUCUUUCCUUUAUCACCAAGAGAAAAUGAAUGUGCUUGUUGAACCUGAUGUUCAUGACAUAUUUGCCACAAUCCCAGGAUUUGGAUUUAUUCAGACCUUUUACAGUCAAGAUACUAGUGAUCUUCAUGAAAGGGUUGAUUUUGUGGCAUGCUUGGGGGGAGAUGGGGUUAUACUCCAUGCAUCAAAUUU